UACUAAAAAAAUAUAUGCCUGAAAAAUUUUAGAUAUUAUGUAUGAACCUUAGUGAUUUAAGCAAAGCAGUAUAGACAAAGAUGGCUAAGAAAGCAGGAAAUGUCAAGGCUGUUAAGGCCAACUCGAAACCAGAAACUAAUAUUAAGAAUGAUAAAUCUAUAGAAGAAAUUGAAGAAGAUUUACAAUUACCAGAAUCAUCUGAAGACGAAGAAGAUGAUGAAGAAGAAGAGUUAUCUGAAGAAAGUGAAGGUGAUGAUGAUGAAGAAGAUGAUGAUGACGAUUUAGAAGGUUUAUCUAGUGAAGAUGAUGAAGAAGAGCAAAUAGAAGAAAUCAAGAUCCAAACCAAAACUUCUGGACAUACCGUUAAUAAAGUAAUCAACAAGGAACAAUCUAGUGGAUCAGCCACAGCCAAUAAGAAAUCUAAAACAGGAAUUAUAUAUAUCGGUCGUUUACCAAAUGGGUUUCAAGAGGCCGAAUUAACUCAAUAUUUUGAACAAUUCGGUAAUAUAAUAAAUUUAAAGUUAUCUAGAAAUAAGAAAACUGGUAAAUCCAAGCAUUUUGGAUUUAUCGAAUUUGAUAAUCUUGAAGUAGCUAAAAUUGCUGCCGAAACAAUGAACAAUUAUUUAUUAUUCGGACAUUUAAUAAAAUGUGAAGUUGUUGUUGAAUCAAGUCUUAACGGAAAGGAUUUAUUUAAGGGUUCAGACAGAAAGUUCAAAGUUAUCCCAUGGAAGAAGAUUUCAAAACAUAAGCAUGACAAACCAAAAUCGGAAAAGAAAUGGACUAAGUUGGUUGCCGGAUUUGAAAAACAAAAGGAAGCUAAACAAAAGGAGUUAAAAUCGAAGGGUAUUGAUUUUGAUUUAAAUAAUAUAUAAUCAAACUCUCCAAUCUUAUACAAUAGUUUUUAGCAUUUAAUGUAUAUUAUAGCACUUAGAUUCGAAAGACCAUGUCUACUUAGUUGUAUUUCAGGUUAAUUCUAAUACAAUCAAAACAAACUCUACAAUUCCAGAAAAGAAAACUUUGGAAACUGAUUGUAACAAGUUCACUUUACUCAAAUUGUAUGUUGCGCAUAGAUAUUUUAAAUGUUCCGAGAUUCUUCUUGCAUCAAGCACAGCUAAAAUGUAUACGCGGCUAUCGUUAAUGCUAGAAGUUGAACUUAACUAGAUAAUCAUUUCAAUCUGAGAACAUGUUUGGGUUAAAUCAGAAAAUGAUCUUAGAGCCGCCAAAAUCGGUUGUAACUCCUUCCCUAUUAGGCUAAGGUAUCCCGCGGUCAUAUUGAUAAGUAUUGAUGUGUGGAUGUUACUGACUGUGAUAAGUUUUUAUUAAAUAGGAAAUAAAUUUCACAAGCCAU